AUGCCCGUCACUAUCGAAAAGAAAAUGGUUGAUCGCAAAGCUGUGAUUAAGAAUGCCGACAUGACGGAAGACAUGCAACAGGAUGCUAUCGAUUGUGCAACACAGGCUCUCGAAAAGUACAACAUCGAGAAGGAUAUCGCUGCAUACAUUAAGAAAGAAUUUGACAAGAAAUACAAUCCUACUUGGCAUUGCAUUGUUGGGAGGAACUUCGGAUCGUAUGUGACUCACGAAACGAAGCAUUUCAUCUAUUUUUAUUUGGGUCAAGUGGCCAUUCUUUUGUUCAAAUCCGGAUAA